AUGUUUUCCUCAUUCAUGGCCGGCGUCAUCAAAGAAUCUCGCAAGGAUCCCGAGCUUCUGGUCAUGCUCCAGAGCUUUGAUGCCUGCACUUAUGGCGGACUUCCACUGGAGGAAACUGAAGCAACUUGGGCUCGGGAGCAGGGAAUCAACCUAGUCGACCUCUUCGCCAGCACAGAGGUCGGCUGUAUGCUGAUGGGUGUGGGGGGGCGACAUGGGAAUUUAUUGCGGACGUGGCCUGGAUCAACAUUUGACAUGCGACCUAUAUCAGUCGUGUCAAAUGGCACUGUCAGCGGAGCGCCCAUCAGCGCUGUUGACGGUGCACCAACUGGGAAGCUCGUGGAACUAGUGGUCCCCAAGCAUGCGCCUGAAUGUCCGCACCCUUCGCUCUGCGACCCAACAACAGGUGACUUCAUUACAGGCGAUGUCUUUCUCGAAGACGGACCCGAUCGUUACGUCUCCAAGGGUCGCAAUGACGAUGGGAUCAAGAUGGAGAUCUCGCUGCGCUGUGAUACGCGCUCCAUUGAGAACAACGCACUUAAGACGUGUGGCAAGGAUCUCCUCAGCGCCGCGGUUGUCGUUGGAGCUGCCAGACCUUCACCCGCCCUUUUUGUCGAGGCCAAACGAACUGAGGGCCACGAUGGAUUGCAGGCUGAGAUUUUGCGUCGAAUUACGCCCUUCCAUGAGCGCAGAUAUAAACACGAGCGUAUCCUCGACUCGCGACUUAUUGUCGUCGUGCCCAAUGGUACACUACCGAGAACUGCAAAGGGUAGUAUACAAAGGAAACUGGUCGAGAGAAAGUUUAAAGAAGACUUGGACAGGAUUUAUUCAGAAGUGUACCCUAGGAAUCAAACUUGA